AUGAGCUUCAGGGCCAUGGCCAAGAUGAAUGGAAUUCUGAUCUUGGGACUUCUGUUGGCUGCCUCCAACUGCCUUUCCUACUAUGAGGACCUGGCCAAGUGCUUCCAGGACCCAGAUUAUGAGUCCUUCCUCAUCACAGCCCAGGAUGGACUCCACACCUCCCCACUGUCCAAGCGUGUGGUUAUAGUGGGAGCUGGCAUGGCAGGCCUGACAGCAGCUAAGACUCUUCAGGACGCUGGUCACCAGGUAACCAUCUUGGAAGCCAGUGACCAUGUUGGAGGUCGAGUGGUCACAUUCAGGAACAAGGAGGAAGGCUGGUACUAUGAACUCGGGCCCAUGAGAAUCCCCAAAUCCCACAGGCUGGUUCACAGCUAUAUCAAGAAGCUUGGCCUGAAGCUGAACAAGUUCAUCCAAUAUGAUAAAAACACCUGGUACCUUAUCAACCAACGACACUAUCGUGCCUGGGAGAUCAAGGAAAACCCAGAGCUCUUGGGCUAUUCCAUGAACCCCAAAGAGAGGGGCAAGAGUGCUAUGAAUCUCUUGCACCAGUCCAUCACCCAGCUCAAACAAAGUCUGAAGACAUUCAACUGUAGCCACCUGAUGUCUUUUUAUGAUUCCUACUCCACCAAGGCUUUCCUGCUAAAAGAAGGGAUGCUGAGCAGAGGAGCAGUGCAGAUGAUUGGGGAUGUGAUGAACGAGAAUGCUGGAUACCAAAAGUCCCUCCUGGAGUCCCUGAGGAUUGCCAGCAUCUUCUCCAAGAGUGACGAAUUUUCUGAGAUCACUGGUGGCUUUGACCAGCUCCCCAGUGCCCUCUGCUCCAGCCUGAAGCCUGGUACCAUCCAUUUGGGGUCCAAGGUGGAGAUGGUAGUGAGGGAUGGGCCUGAAGUUCAAGUUUUGUACCGCACAGGCGGGCCCACUUCAUUGCUGCACAAUCUCACCGCUGACUAUGUCAUCAUCUCUGCCUCAGCCAAGGCUACUCGCCUCAUCACCUUCCAGCCACCUCUGUCCCCUGACAAGAGAGAUGCCCUGCGCUCAGUGCACUACACCAGUGCUACCAAAGUAGUUUUGAUCUGUGAUGAGCGCUUCUGGGAACGGGAUGGCAUUCAGGGAGGAGUCUCCAUCACUGACCGGCCCUCCCGCUACAUCCACUACCCCAGCCACAGCUUCCCAGGUGGCAAGGGCAUUCUGCUGGCCUCCUACACAGUGGAUGAUGAUUCACUCUUCUUCACUGCCAUGAAGCAGGAGCAGGUGGUGGAUAUUGUCCUGGAUGACCUGGCAGCAGUGCACCAGAUACCCAAGGAGUUGCUGCAGCGCAUGUGCCCCUCCUCAGUGGUCAAACACUGGUCAUUGGACCCUCUCACCAUUGGUGCCUUUGCUGAGUUCACACCCUACCAAUUUGUGGACUAUUCAAAGCAGCUUUUCCAGCCAGAGGGCCAAAUCUACUUUGCUGGUGAGCAUACUUGCCUGCCCCAUGCCUGGAUCGACACUGCCAUUAAGUCCGGCAUCCGGGCUGCCAGGGACAUCCAGGCUGCUGUGGACAAGGAGGCCACAGGAGGACAGAUGCCUCAGCAGAAGCCUUUCACCAACAUCCAAGACAGUUUCUUUCCUAAGAGCAAUCCCUGA